GGGGGAUUUAGGGGAGUUCAGGACGAUUUUGGGGAUGCCAAACUGGCCCAGGAGGAGCAUCGAAAGCUGCAGCGCAGGAAGGGCCCUGCCAAGCGCCGCCCCCCCUCGCCCCCCUCCCCGGAGGAGGAAGAGGAGGAGGAAGAAGAGGAGGAAGAGGAAGACGAGGAAGACGAAGACCCCGAAGCCGAGCCCGAGGGGGAGGCAGAGCCCGAGGCCAAGCUCGGGGGGGGUGAAACGGAGGCCGAGCCCCCCCCGGAGCCCCCCCCGGAGGCGCCGUACCCCCCCAGCCUGGCUGACCACGAGUACACGGCACGGCCGGGGGGGCCGGGACCCCCGCCCGGGGCUCAGCCCGGCCGAGCCCCCACCCCCAUGGCCCCGGGGGUGUUCCUGAGCCAGCGCCGGGGCCCCCCCGGAACGGCCCCCCCCAGCCACGGGAAGCGCCCCCGCAAGGGUUUGGCCACAGCCAAGCAGCGUCUGGGCCGGAUCCUCAAAAUUCACCGCAACGGGAAACUGCUGCUCUGAGGGCGGGGCCGGCCACGCCCUGCCAGGCUCCGCCCACCGCAGGCUGAACAAUGAACUAUGGGCGGGGCUGUUGCAGAAAGGGGCGGGGCCUGAGGGAACUGCACCUAUCAGAACAACGGUGUGAUCG